AUAUAAUUUGGACCCAUUCCAACAGCACACUGACCAGGAACUGUGGGAAGCCAUAGAGAAGUGCCAUGUCAAGGACACGAUAAAAGAGCUGGAAGGCCAACUGGAAGCUCCAGUGGUGGAGAAUGGAGAGAAUUUCUCAGUGGGUGAGAGACAGUUGAUAUGUAUGGCUAGAGCUCUGCUACGCCAUAGCAAGAUUCUGAUGCUGGAUGAGGCUACAGCGGCCAUAGACACAGAGACAGAUGCACUGAUCCAGGAGACUAUUAAGGAGGCAUUUGAAGACUGCACCAUGCUGACCAUAGCACACAGACUGAACACUGUGCUAGGAUGUGAUAAGAUCAUGGUGCUGGAUGAUGGAAAGGUUGUGGAGUAUGAUACACCAGCAAAACUUCUCUCCGAACCAGACUCCAUCUUCAGCCACAUGGUGGCAGCAAUGGAUGCAGAGAAACAAAUGGCAUUGGAGAACCCCAUAGAUCUGUCAGCACCAGCCAAUCAAGAGUGAGAAAAUAGUCACAUGAUUACGGCUUUAAAUACUGAUGUAUAAUUUUUUGCUGGAUUCCUUUUUGACUUUCUGAAAUGGCAAAUCAGCAGUGAGAUUUUAACCACAUAAAGACUUUUUUUAUGGCAAUGAUCAGAUGUUGGCCCUCCUCCUGUUUUGUAUUUUUCUUAUUUUUAAGGUUUGUCUCUGUCAGAGUUUUCCUUCUGUGUCCCAUAAAAAGAAUGAGAGGAAAAAAUAAUUAUGGUGGCUACCUAAAGUUUGCAAAUACCUCACUUAUUUUUAAAUUUUACUCAUUUGAGUUUGAUCAUUUUAAGAUUCUGACAACAGCUCACUCAGACUUGAAGCCAGUUAACUUUUCAAAAUUGUUUAAAUAUUAAAAAAAAAUAAACUUAAAUCACAACUCUGUUUACUUGUAAUAGAUGAAAGGGAUGGACUGAAAUGGAGGCUGAAGUCCUUUGACAUAACUCCCUUUAUGCCAGACUGUUUCCUUCAGCAGGGAAAUAUUUAGGUUGUCUUAUGGAACAGUUAAGGCACAGUCUGACUAAGACUUUUAUCUGCUCUUGUUUGAACAUACACUUAGUGAUCGAGGCAUGGUUACUCAGGCUCACCAGUGCAAUACACAAGUCAGUAUCAUAAAAGAAACUAAGACUGAAAGUUUGUUUUAUCCUAGAGGUCUAAGGCCCUUUUGUCUCCUGUGACCUGAGAUAAAUCAAUUAUAGUAGUCUAUUCAACUGAAAUGUCAUGUGUAUUUCACAAAGAGAAUGAAAUUGCUAAUUUAAAUUAAAUGUAUUAUUAUACCAACAUUUAAUUUAGUGUACUGCCAAAAUGAACUAACAAUUUUUUUAUUAUUUUAGUAAAGACCAACUUUAAGUCAACUUCUUUUGUGGAAUCCGCUUCUGCUGAAGCUCAAAAUCAGGUACUUUUGGUUGUAUUUAUACUUACUACUGUGUAACAGGAAGAGAGGCUUUAUCAGCAUUUUCUAAAGUAGGAACUAGGAGACUACAUCUGAGACAAAACUUAUGCAUAUAUUGACAAUUACCUACUACAAGCGUAUGGUUGUCAAUGAGAGAUUUGCCAGCCAGUAGUCUCAUAUGCUUAGGACUUGCUUUAUGGGUCAAAGCCUUCUUGUCUGUUUCUUGAGUGAUGAGGGUUUUGUAAUAGGUGAUUUUUUUAUGGUCUCUUGUUUAUGGUGAAAAAGAAGGGUGAUAAAGGAACGUAAUGUUACGCAAAGUCUCUCCAGAAAUGAUUUAUUUAUCAAUGUAGAUGUAGUUUUACUAGAUAGUUUUUUUUUUUGCUUCUGUAAACUGAUAUUUCAUUCUAUUUUCCAAAGUAGUAUACUUAUAAUUGUUAAAAUGAAUAUUAUGUGUAUUGUCAUUGUUCUUCCCAAUGAGAUAUAUUAAUUUUUAGUUUGUAUUCAAUUCAUGUAAAAUAUAUAUUUAUCUUAAUUUUACUUAGUUGUUGUGAAUUGUUUACUUAAUUUAUGGACAUUGGAGCAAUAGUAAUUGUCUCAUUCUUACAUAUAUCAUUCAUUGCAGUAGAUCAACUGUGCUUUUGAGUUUAAGAUGGAGAAACAGCAUUUUUGUGUGAAAAAAGAAUAAGAAAAUAAAUAGAUAAGGAAAUAAAACAUGUAUUAGUGUAUCAUUAUAUACUUACUGUAACAGUACAGAAUAAAAAUAUUUAGUGAUUUUUUAAUAGUCAUUCAAAAAAUCUCACCCCUCCUAAACUCACUUGUUAACAUAAAGCCUUUGUUAGUUAAGUAUACCAAAAUGAAGUCAUGGACCAUUGAAAAGAAUGUCUUGUCUAAGGCUUGGUGAAGGGCAUUGUACCAUAUUUUGAUUGUAAAUCUCAUGUAUAGUAAGAUGUAUCCUGCCUUUCUAUCUUGGUAAAUUAUUUGUAUUCACAUAUUUUUCAUAUAACCUGACAGAUAAAAAGUACUUGUAUCCUUUUAAGGGAAGGUGUUUUCGAAACAGAUUGACUUUGUUUAAUAAUGACUUGCAAGUAUGUUAUUUAAUUGUUAUUUAAUUACAACCAAGCAUGUUGAAGAUAUUUAAGUAGUAUUAGGCAUGAUUUUAGAUUUGUUCUC